AUGGUUGCUAAUAUCACCCAUGCCGCCACCUGUAGAGCCCAAAUCGUCGGUGAUGGUUGGAUCUGUGAAGAAACCCCUUCACAAACAAAACAUCGGACCUGUGAAGAAAAACCUUCUUUCUCGCCUCCAAUCUGUCAUUCUUUCUCACCUCUAGUUAGGCCUCGCCGGAGGCUUAACAGUCGGGAAGAAGGCAACUGGAAGAACCGGAUGUCAUCUCGUUUCACCGUCGUUCUCAGCUCCCUCAACCAUUGUUUGACCCUCCCAUCUCCGACAAAUCGAACCCAGAGGACGGACAACUUUGAAGAAGGAGAUUUUGAUGAAACCACUUCCAUUUUCUGGUGGAGUCUCAAGCAAAAAAGGGAUUGCAAUUUAGAUCAAUUUGUGAUGGCGAGUUUGAUCGACGCUGUGAGAGAACCUAUUCCGACAUCAGCGGCGACGGCGUCGAAGCACAUAGAGACUAGAUGCAGAGGUGAAAAUAUUGCCUUCCUCAAGUGCAAGAAGGACAAUCCCAAUCCAGAGAUAUGUCUCGAGAAAGGCAGACAAGUGAGUUGUUAUGUUAUGUCCUUAUUCUUGAUGGUCAUCCUGCAUAAUCUUGAGAAACUCUCAAUUGUGAACUAA